AUGUCCUCUCUCAACUCGUCUCUCAAUUCUCUAGUCUGCUCACUCGUACCUGUUGCACGGGCAAACUCAGUGCUGAGGCAAGAACUCCUCGAGCAGUGUCAGGAUAUUCUUUCCAGCCAUAUAGGACACAACAGCGAACGAGACCUUAACCAACUGGCUGACUCUGUAAAGAGAAGAUUGCUGGUCGAAUCUCCCAACGGAACCGAUGCUCUAAAGUUCACCAAUCUCUUGUCGCGUCUUCUCAAGCAAAAUGCAAUAUCUCGCAAGUCCGAAGUGAUCUCGUUCCUCACGUCUGUAGCGUCUCAAGAAAUCCCCAAUUCAACACCCAUGUUUGCCCCGCGUCCAUCCUCUUCCAGUUCUCGGCGUGCAACAAGGACAACGCGUGCAUCCACACCGGCCAUUGAAAUCGACUCCAGGAAGCAACCUAUAGGCAAGUCAAAGGCCGAGCUUCUGAAAGAGUAUCGAAAAUCAAGAGGGCAAAGUCAGAUACCAGAGAUACUCUUGUUGCGCGAUGCGAUCUAUAUCCUGCAAGGUAUAUCAGGGAAGUUUAUCCAUUUUGCAUCCAACGACGAAGAAGUGGAUAAAAUAGUGUUUGUGGAAGACUCGACAUAUAUCAUUUCCACUCCUACCAAAACUCUCGUGCAUCGUUUGGCAGAGCUUGGAUACCUCUACCGGCGGGUGAACAACUUCAUCAGAGAGCGGGAGGGAGCAGGCGCUAUAGGCAUGAUCGAACAGAGGCUCUGCCAUCAUCUCCAGUCCCAAUUGAACGAAUAUUAUCGGCUGAUUGCCAUCCUGGAGACUCAGAUGCUCUCCAGUAAUCCACAACUCUCUACUUUAGGCGAAUCUUCCGAAGAUGGCAAGAAUGAAACUGGAGUCUCAUUGAAGCGAUUGGACGUCUGGCUAAACGACUGGCGGCUGCGGAUGCAGAUGAUGAGUGUUUGCGUCGAGAGGGCAAGGGAAUCGCAAGGUGGAGCUCUAGUCAACCUGAUUCACAGUUAUACGGACAACGGCGACCCAUUCAUCAGGAAAUUUACUCACCAAUUACUCGAAGAGGUGUGCCACUUCCCCAAGGUCUUCACCAGUGUCCUGACUCGUCAUAAGGUGUCAGCUCCCUUCUUCUCGACUCUCCACAAAUGGUUGUUCUCGGGAGAACUCUACGACCCCUUUGGCGAGUUUUUCGUAGCAGUUGAUUCAUCACUGGGUCCUGUUCAGACAGCCCAUCCAUCCUCAUUAUCUGGUGGAAUCAAUGAACUCCCUGGCGAUGGAGGAUUCGGGACGGGAAACGGGGAAGGCGAGGACGGUGCUCGGGAGCGGAGCGGGAAACUCUGGGAGACAAAGUACCAGUUUCGGAAAGCAAUGCUUCCUCAUUUCGUCGGCGAAUCCUCCGGCAAGAAGGUGGAUUCUACCCCUUCUCUUCCAGCGCAUGGAGCUAACGCAAGCCAGAUUUUCUCCACAGGAAAGAGUUUGAACUUCAUUCGGUACAGCUGUCAUGACAGCGAUUGGGUUGUCACGCGUGAAAAGAUGAGCUCUUUCCGAGGCAUAGCCCUCAAAUACAGCGACGUCGGUGGUCUGGAAAAGUCGAUUGACUCGGCCUAUCGCCUGGCCAGCCAUCGCUUGUUCGAAGUGUUCAUCGAAAAAUUUAAACUUCUGGACCAUCUGAGUGCCCUCAAGAAUUAUAUGCUCCUGGGUCAUGGUGACUUUGCUGAUCAGCUGAUGGAGGCGCUGGGCCCGAGCUUAGCUAGAGCAGCCAAUACGCUAUACCGACAUAACCUGACUGCAACGCUUGAAACCGCGAUUAGAACAUCGAUUGCCCAACACGACCCGCCGGAGGUGCUCCGCCGAUUAGACGCCCGAAUGCUCGAAUACUCUCACGGAGAAAUCGGUUGGGAUGUCUUCACUUUGGAAUAUAAAGUUGACACGCCUAUCGACACCGUCUUGGACGACCGGGCCAUGGAGGGAUAUCUGAAGCUGUUCCGACAUCUGUGGCAAAUGAAAAGAACGGAGAAAGCUCUGGACAGAGCCUGGAUGAGAAUAAUCAGUGGUGCACGAGCAUUCCUUCGCUUACCAGAAUUGGAGCACGAGUGGCACAAGAUUCGUAUCACCGUGGCAGAAAUGAUCCACUUCAUCCGCCAACUAGGAGCCUUUUGUCGCUUGGAAGUCAUCGAAUGCUCAUGGAACGGGCUUAUCGAAUUUUUGGACAAGAAAGAGGGCGAUCUAGACUCGCUGAUCAACGCACAUAGAUCAUACCUCGAUCGAGUCGUUAAGAAGAUCUUCCUGCUUAACACCAAUUCGAGGUCUAAAGAGGCGAGGAUCAAACCCUACACUCGGGCGCUUAGCACCUUCUCACACGGUCUAUCACAGGAACUGGUCUUAAACUUGGUCAAAGAUUCUUUUUCGACCGUGUUGAUGUACCGCGAAGCGUUGGAUAACCUCUACAACUACUGCCUUUCGGAAGCAGCCAAGAGAGAUCAGAAGGCUGAUCAAACACGAGGGGUGUAUACUGGAAGACCCGAGAGCAGCUCUACAAACAGCGAAGAACACACCAGGGAGCUGACUGCACGGCUCCACCAAUAUGGUUCCGCUUUCACAGAGAGGGUCCACACCAUCGUCCAACAUCUCCAAGUUCACCCAGAUCUAGACUGUCGCUUCUUAGCCAUCCGCCUCUCCUUCUCGGACUAUUACAAGAAGAACAAGGACAGGGCAUGA